GAAUCUUCUUCACACCGGUUCCUGAGAAUUGAAGCAAUUUCCCGCAACUAUUACUACCAUGGCUUUCCCCAACCGCAUCUUCACCCAUUCAACAUGGCACCUACUCGGCCUCGGACUGACGACAACCGUCUUCUCCUUGGGAGCAUUUUCCCUUGUCGCUCCGUCCACCGCCGCAGAUACUCUUGGGGUCGUACCCACCACAGCUGAAGGCCGCCACAUAACCGAGAAAGCAAUGGUAUUCCUUGGUAUACGUGACAUAGCUGUUGCCGCAGCAAUGUUUUGGUUUUCUCGUGAAGGAAAGGACAAGGAGUUGGGGGUCUUAUUGACUGCGUGGACGGCUGUUUGUGUGGUGGACACUUGGGUUACGAUUCAGGGACCGAGGGGGUGGGAUAAAGGGGUUUGGGGAUUGUGUGGGGGCGCGGCGGUAGUGAUUCUGGGAGGUCUGGGGCUGUUGCAGGUGUGACAUCUUCAAUUGAUGGGUUAAGAAUGUCUUGAGUGCAGUAGAGCAAGAGACACGGCGGCGGUUAGGCUAUAAUUUCAACCUGCCUUGUAAUAGGAAAGACACUGAACACUGCACUAUCACCGAC